AUGACAGGUCCAUUAGUGUACGUUCAAAACGGGGAUGGUAUCUUCUUCAAGCUGGCUGAGGGCAAGGGAACAAAUGAUGCAGUCAUUCAUUUGGCCAAUCAAGACCAAGGUGUUCGGGUCCUUGGAGCAGAGGAAUUUCCAGUCCAAGGUGAAGUGGUAAAUAUUGCGUCCUUGUUGGGGUUUAUCAAGUUAAAGUUGAACAGGUAUGCUAUUAUUGCGAAUACCGUGGAAGAGACUGGUAGAUUCAAUGGACACGUUUUCUAUAAAGUCUUGCAACAUUCUGUGGUGUCUACCAAGUUUAACUCGAGAAUCGAUUCUGAAGAAGCCGAAUAUAUCAAGUUACUGGAAUUACAUUUGAAAAAUUCCACAUUUUAUUUCUCAUACACAUAUGAUUUAACAAAUUCUUUACAAAGAAAUGAAAAGGUUGGACCUGCACCCUCCUGGAAAACCGCUGAUGAACGAUUUUUCUGGAAUCAUUAUUUAACUGAGGAUUUGAGAAACUUCGCUAAUCAGGAUUCUAGAAUUGACGCUUUCAUACAACCUGUUAUCUAUGGGUAUGCUAAGACGGUGGACGCCGUUUUGAAUGCCACCCCUAUUGUUCUUGGUUUGAUUACCAGGCGUAGUAUAUUCAGAGCGGGUACAAGAUACUUCCGUCGUGGUGUUGACAAUGAUGGCAAUGUUGGCAAUUUCAAUGAAACUGAACAAAUUUUACUAGUUGAGAAUCCAGAAAGUGAAAAAACGCAUGUUUUCUCUUUCUUACAAACAAGAGGCUCUGUGCCAAUAUAUUGGGCUGAAAUCAACAACUUAAAGUACAAGCCAAAUCUUGUUCUUGGAGAAAACUCGUUAGAUGCAACCAAAAAGCAUUUUGACCAACAAAAGGAACUCUAUGGCGACAAUUACUUGGUUAAUCUAGUUAACCAAAAGGGCCACGAACUUCCCGUGAAAGAAGGCUAUGAAUCCGUCGUGCACGCAUUGAACGAUCCAAAGAUUCAUUAUGUGUAUUUUGAUUUCCAUCACGAAUGUCGUAAGAUGCAAUGGCAUAGAGUGAAAUUGUUGAUUGAUCACUUGGAAAAGUUAGGUUUGUCAAACCAAGAUUUCUUCCACAAGGUCAUAGAUUCCAAUGGUAACACCGUUCAAAUUGUUAAAGAGCAACAUUCCGUUGUAAGAACAAAUUGUAUGGAUUGUUUGGACAGAACAAAUGUUGUUCAAUCCGUUUUAGCCCAGUGGGUUCUACAAAAGGAGUUUGAAACUGCCAAUAUCAUUGAUACUGGAAGCACUUGGGAGGAUAAUGCUCCAUUGUUAACGUCUUAUCAAAACUUAUGGGCCGAUAACGCUGAUGCAGUUAGUGUGGCAUAUUCAGGUACUGGAGCUUUGAAGACUGACUUUACAAGAACCGGUAAGCGUACUCGUCUAGGUGCGUUCAACGAUUUUUUGAAUUCAGCAUCACGUUACUACCAGAACAAUUGGACUGAUGGUCCAAGACAGGAUUCAUACGAUUUAUUCCUUGGUGGAUUUAGACCACAUACCGCUUCUAUCAAGUCGCCAUUCCCCGACAGAAGACCAGUGUAUAUUCAGCUGAUCCCAAUGAUUAUUUGCGCAGCCUUGACCGUUUUGGGUGCUACAAUAUUUUUCCCCAAGGAUAGAUUCACUAGCAGUAAAAAUUUGUUGUAUUUCGCUGGUGCGUCGAUUGUCUUGGUGCUUUCAACCAAAUUCAUGUUUAAGAACGGUAUUCAGUAUGUCAACUGGCCUAAAUUAGUGGACGUUGGGUUUUUGGUCGUUCAUCAAACGCAUGAUAAAGAACAGCAAUUCAAAGGCUUGAAAUAUGCACAGAGCCCUAAAUUUUCCAAGCCAGAUCCUUUAAAAAGAGAUUAA